AUGAAUAUUCCGAAUUCGUUUGUUCAUGAAUUGAGAUUAAAUGGUACUAUAAAGAAACCUUUCUUAAGCUCCGAGGUUGCAGAGACAAUGCAAGGACUUAAACUAACAGGCUCCGCGGCUGCAAAGGACCUUAUAAUACGAUUUAAAGACUUGAGACCCUUAUAA